UCAUUCCUGUCCGGACAACAACAACAACAACGUGUGUGAGCAGCAGAGCGGUCGACAUGUUCUCCUGUCUGAAAGGUAAAGUCGGGGAGGUUUUGUUACCUGGAGAUGAAUUCUCCUUUGAGGCCGACGACACCAUCUCUCUGACGGAGCACGUGAAGCGGGAGAAGGUGGUGUGUGGUCCGGGUCUGCGGCGGAGCGGAGACCGGCUGGUGGUGUGUAAAAGCGGGGUCCUCCGACACAAACAGCCCAACAUGUUCUGGAUGGACUCUCAGCAGAGGAGGUAUGUCCCCGCUAAAGGAGAGACCGUCAUCGGCAUCGUGACGGUCAAAUCAGGAGACGUCUUCAAGGUGGACUUUGGAGGAAGUGAGCAGGCGUCUCUGUCCUACCUGGCGUUUGAGGGGGCCACCAAGAGGAACCGGCCCAACGUCCAGGUGGGGGACCUGGUGUUCGCUCAGUUCAUCAUAGCCAAUAAGGACAUGGAGCCGGAGCUGGUGUGUAUGGACAGUUCAGGACGAGCCAAUGGGAUGGGAGUGUUUGGCGGCGGCGGUCUGCUCUUCACGGUCUCUCUGGGACUGGUCAGAAGGCUGCUGGCCCCCCGCAGCGAGGUCCGGUCCGACCUGCAGCAGCUGUUCCCCUGCGAGCUGGUGGUCGGGAUGAACGGGCGCCUGUGGGUCAAGUCCUCCAGCGUCCAGCAGACGCUCGUCAUCGCGAACCUGCUGCAGAGCUGCGACACCAUGACGGACCAGCAGCGGCGGCAGCUGUUCAAGAGGGUGGCACAGGGGGCGCUGUAGACCACAUCGGACCACGUGCUCCCAGGAUGGAGCAGGUUCUGUCUCCUCGGGUCUGAAACUGAUCCUCCAUCAGGUUUAAAGUCUGCUGGUGUUUAUGGAGCCCAAAGGGGUAAACAAAUGAGACGCUGUGAUUGGCUCUCUGCUCGCGGGAUGAAACGGGACAUUUUUAAAGAGAAGAAGGAUGAAACGUUAAACUUUAGUAUUUAAUAUCAAAACUUCUCCAUUUUUGGAUCAUCGUCUUGUCUUUGAUUUUAUUUUAGCUGCACGUUUUGUCUUCUCAUCUCAGAAAAUAAAAUUUGAAGGAAUCAAAGUCAAAAGUCUGAA